AUGAAUAUUAAUAGAACAAUUCCAGAUACCUUAGACAAUACGGAAAUAAUUGAGGAUAUCAAUAACCAGAGUCGAGAUCGGAGUUAUAUUGAUGAUUCUAUAAAUAUUUUAUCUAAUGUAAAUAAAGCUAAUUUACAAGAAUAUUUAGCUGAAUGGGCUACUCAACAUAAUAUUAAACAGAUAGCAUUAACUCAUCUGUUGAAAAUACUCAAAUUAUAUAUUAAUUAUGAUUUACCUAUUGAUGCCAGAACAUUAUUGAAAACUCCCAGAACAACUAUAAUUAAAGAAGUUAUUCCAGGGGAAUAUUUUCAUUUUGGCCUUCGAAGUGGUGUUAUAAAUUUUCUUAAACAGCAUGAUACUUUUUCAUUAACUCAAACUGAUAUUGAAAUAAUUGUAAACGUGGAUGGUUUACCUAUUUCAAAAUCAUCGAAUGGCCAAUUAUGGCCAAUUUUAGGGUCUGUUUUCCCUUAUAACCAUGUAUUUAUAAUUGGUCUUUAUUAUGGAAAACAAAGUAAACCUGAUGAUUCAAAUGAUUUUUUGUUUGAUUUUAUUGAAGAAACUAAAGAAAUAUACAGAAAUAAUAUUAUUCACGAUGGUAAAAAAUUUAAAUUAAAAAUUAAAGGAAUUUCAGUUGACGCCCCAGCUAAAUCAUUUUUGUUGCAUACUAAAGGUCAUGGAGGGUAUUCAAGUUGCACCAAGUGUGAAGUUGAAGGAGAAUAUAUUGAGAAGAGAAUAUGUUUCCUUGAUGAAAAUGUUCGACUGAGAACUGAUAAAGAUUUUGAAAAAUGUAGUGAUGAUGAAUAUCAUACUGGCAGAACUGACUUACUAUCAAUUCCUAACAUAGGUUUAGUUUCAAAUGUGCCUCUUGACUAUCAGCAUUUAAUUUGCCUCGGUGUUACAAAGAAAUUAAUUUCAUUGUGGCUUUGUGGUAGUUUAAAUGUUAGAUUAAAUUUUAAAAAAGUAAAAAACAUUUCAAUGUCCAUCGAAAAAAAUAUUUUAUUGUAUGUUCCAAUUGAAUUUCAACGGCGACCACGAUCAUUAAUUCAAUGGAAACAGUGGAAAGCAACAGAAUUUCGGCAAUUACUAUUAUAUACUGGGCCUGUAGUACUGCAGUAUAAUGUUAAUAGUGAUGUAUAA